AUGGUCGACCACUCGACACAAUGGCUCGAAAAUGCCCCUUUGACGGAUGCAUUAGCAACGGCAUGUGCCUGUGCUUUUCUCUCAUCAUGGGUUUCCAUAUUUGGUGUACCAAAUCACAUCACAUCCGACAGAGGUACUACUUUCACGCCGCAGCUCUGGAUGUCCCUAAACUGCCUCUUCAGCACCCAGUUGCAUCCCAUAACUGCCUACCAGCCUACUCAGGACCAUUGUCGGAAAAUUUGCCCCGUGACACCUACCCUAAAAGUCAAAUGGCAAGACCUUUAUCCCGAAGGAUCUACAGAAUACAACACAUGUAUUCAUCAGAACCAAUGUUAUUCGACCACAUUUGACCCGCCCUUACACGUGCCCCUACCGGGUUCAUCAACCACAAGCAGAAAGCCUUCCUCAUCGACAUCCAGCACAGCAGAUGGGAUCACAACCGAUUCUGCCCAUAGCAACGUGUCGAGUCAGCAGAGUGGUGCCGACGGCGAGCACGCCUGA